CUUACGAAACUUCUAGUGGUAACUGGUAAGGUUAGUCAGUCAACAAUGAAACAAAAUUAGAAAAACAGGAAUUUGCAAUGCAAAAACUGAGCCCCCAAUUACAAAGGGAAGACCAAAGUUCAGGCUCAAAAAGGUAUCAAGGCAUAAGCAAAGGUUCCUGAUUGUUUGUCCUCUCUACUAAAUAUUAUGAGUAAUGUCCAUAUCCUCGUGCUCUUUCUCUCUUGGUUUUGGGUCUAUGAGUUUGGUUCAGCUCGACGAGAUAUUACAACCACUCAAUCUCUUAGAGACCAGGACACUCUAGAGUCUAGUAAUGCCAUUUUCAAGUGUGGGUUUUUCAGCCCCAUUAACUCAACAUAUCGCUAUGUUGGAAUCUGGUAUACUAAGGAGGUUGCUAAACAAUUAAAAGUGGUAUGGGUAGCGAACAGAAAUAACCCUCUUAGUGAUUUUUCAGGGGUGCUUAAAAUUUCCGGAGAUGGAAAUCUUCAACUAUUGGAUGGAAAAAACAAAAGUAUAUGGUCACCAAACAUAUCAGGUGAUAAUAAGGUUAAUUCUUCUGUUGCUCAACUUCUGGAUUCUGGAAACUUAGUUUUAUCUUCUAGCGGGAAUAUCAUCUGGCAGAGUUUUGACCAUCCUACAGACUCAAUGUUGCAAAAUAUGUAUAUGUAUUUUGAUGAGAAUUCAACCAUAUCACCGCUUGUUACAUCUUGGAAGAGCGCUUCUGAUCCAUCAGAUGGACGGUUUACAGUUGGUAUUAAUCACCGUAGGCUUUAUGAAGUUUUCAUCUGGGAUGAUGUCCGUCCUUAUUGGCGCUCAGGACCUUGGAACGGUCAAGUGUUGAUGGGGAUACGAGCUAUGUACUAUUUUGCACAGGUUGAUGGAUUUAGUCUUGAAAAUGACAAUAAAGGCACAGCUAGCAUAUCAGUUUCUUCCACAACCAAAAGACUGACGAAAUACUAUGUACUUACUUAUGAUGGUAAUUUGUUAGAAAAAGAUUGGCAAGACGAUAAAAGGGAUUGGAAAAUUGAAUGGAGUUCCCUAGAAUCUGAAUGUGAUAAAUAUGGAAAGUGUGGAGAAUUUGGGAGUUGUAAUCCGAAUAGUUUGCCAAUCUGUAGUUUCUUGAGGGGCUUUGAGCCAAGGAAUGACCAAGAAUGGAGUGCAGGGAAUUGGAGUAGUGGAUGUGUUCGGAGAACACCUCUGCAAUGUGCGAAUAUAGGAGGGGAAGAUGAUGGGUUUUCAAGGUUAAGGAACGUUAAAGUGCCAGAUAAUGCCGAAUGGUUGGAAUCAUAUGAUGAAGAGGAUUGCAGGAGAAAGUGCCUAGGAAAUUGCUCUUGUUUAGCUUAUGCUUAUACUUUAGGUUUUGGGUGUAUGAUCUGGAAUGAAAGCUUGAUUGACAUACAGAAUUUCGCUCCUGUUGGUCCUGAUAUUUUCAUUCGGCUUGCACAUUCAGAACUAGGUGAUUUUCUUAAUGUCUUUAUCCCCUUUUGUUUUAUUUUUUAUGUUCUGCUAGCUCUUAUUAAUGAUCAUUUUUUUUUUCCUUAUUAAAUAGCUUAAGUGCUAACUCUUAUUAAUGAUCAGUUUUUUUUAUGUUCUUCUUAAUGUUUUUACUCAUUGGCUUUGUAAGAUUGAUCAUGCAUGCUAAUGUUCCUUUGUCUACUAAGUGACACUAGUAAACGGAAGGACAUAACUUUUAAAUAAGGUUGUGUUGUUGGUUGAAAACUUGAAAUGAGUGUUUUGUUAGUGGUCACAUGCCAUGCACGUGGGUGGGUAGCACUUGAAGAGGAAGUCAAAACUGGAAUCCAAACUAAGGCGUCUUCUUUCAAAAAAAGUGUUAAAUAGGAAGUUUCUAACAAAAGUCCUAUUCUAGGUGAUUUUUGUCAAGUUUGAUUUUCCGAAGUGGAAAG